GCUUCCCUGGCUUGUGGGCCUAUGGUGAAGUGGGCAAUUGCACAGCUUAACUAUGCAGACAUGUUAAAGAGAGUGGAGCCCCUGCGUAAUGAGCUGCAGAAGCUGGAAGAUGAUGCCAAGGACAAUCAGCAGAAGGCCAACGAGGUGGAGCAGAUGAUCCGGGACCUGGAAGCCAGCAUCGCCCGCUAUAAGGAGGAGUACGCUGUCCUGAUAUCAGAGGCCCAGGCCAUCAAGGCAGACCUGGCAGCUGUGGAAGCAAAAGUAAACCGGAGCACCGCUCUUCUGAAGAGUUUGUCUGCAGAACGUGAACGAUGGGAAAAAACAAGUGAAACUUUCAAAAACCAGAUGUCCACCAUUGCUGGGGACUGUCUCUUGUCAGCUGCGUUUAUUGCUUACGCAGGUUACUUUGACCAGCAGAUGCGUCAGAACUUGUUCACCACCUGGUCGCAUCACUUACAGCAGGCCAACAUCCAGUUCCGUACAGAUAUUGCGAGGACAGAGUAUCUUUCCAACGCCGAUGAGCGUCUUCGCUGGCAAGCCAGCUCCUUACCUGCUGAUGACCUGUGCACGGAAAAUGCAAUCAUGCUGAAACGGUUCAACAG